AUGGCUCCAGGAAGUGCUGUUGGCAUCAACUACCAAGAUCAGGUUAUAAAUAACUGCCGCUUCUAUCUCGGCACCACCAAUCUGUACAUUGUCACCGCUCUAAGUGACGAUGGCAUGUCUCACCCUCACCCCUGGGCAGCCUACGUCCUAAAAACCGACUUUGACAAGCAAACCUGCGUGCUGUCUGCCGUCGGAAACACCAAGCAAGAGGCCUUCACAAAACUCCAUGAUGCGUCUGCCCGCCAAGUCCAGAGCUACAUCCACGCGAAUGGCUUCCAAAGCGUGCGUCACGACAACAAGACCGAGCGAAAGCACGACAAGGUCAUCAUGCCAGAUCCGCCGGAGUCGUCUUCAGAGAGUGACGACGAGGACAACAUGUCUGACGCUUCGACGGCGUCCACGCACAGCCGCUCGUCGUCUGCGUUUGGAAGGCCGGUGACAAUGCCGAUCCUGACGCCGCCUACGCCCGUGACGAUGGACUCGUCGAGGAUUCCGUGUCCGUCCCCGGCGAGAAUCGUUACGCACAAGUGCUCCGUGCCCCUGAUGAGUAUGAACACGAACAUGAACAGCUUGAACAACCUGAACAACCUGAACAACCACAGCUUGAACAACAUCAACAUGAAUCCCCUGCCGUUGCCGACGCAGCAAAAGGUCGCACCGGUGCCACCACCUCCAGGAUGGUCUAUUCGACGCAACUUGGCGAUACCGGCGCGUCCUUGUCACGGCAAUGCAACUAAUGUUCCUCCGCCACCACCACCGCCGCCACCUCCUGCAGUUCGGAUGGCCCAGCCUGCUUCUGCUUCUGCUUCUGCUGCUACGACGCACAUAGUGCCGAUACCACCGCCGGCUGCGUAUCCGUAUCCUCCUGCAAAUAGUGGCCUCAUGCGACCUGUAAUCUUUACGCUUCGGUCCUCCGUGUACGGCGAGCUCAUGGCGUUGGACAAGUGUACCUUGGACUAUGGGCUGGUUCUUGUGCGAGUCUGUGAUAUUCUGAUGGAGAGGUUUCAGGACUUUUCGAACGCUCCCGUCGUGGUGCCUUCUAGGCAUAAGAUCCGCAGGAUGAGUCUGCAGAUUGAGAGUGUGACGGUGAAUGGGGAGAAGUAUGUCAUUGGGAAGAGUACGAGGGAUCUGUCGGCACUGCCGUUGGGUCCGGCGAGUAAGACUGUGGGUGUUGUGGUUUCGGUUGAGAAGGGGGAUAGCUGA